UUUUUUANCUUUCGGUCUUGUGAUGAAGUAAACACUUCGUAUUCAUUUAGGAAGUUUCGUAGAAAUUGCUUUAAACCGAUCUAAAAACAAUCAAAAAUGAGCGCAAGAGAUAGAAUUUCCAUAUUUCCAUCUAGAAUGGCUUUAACUCUCAUGAAAGGUCGACUGAAAGGUGCUCAGAAAGGCCACAGCUUGCUGAAGAAGAAAGCUGAUGCUUUGCAGUUUCGUUUCAGAAUGAUAAUGAAACAAAUUGUCGAGACAAAAAUGCUUAUGGGUGAAACCAUGAAGUUGGCAGUUUUUACAUUGGCAGAAGCAAAAUUUGCUGCUCAGGCAGAUUUCAAUCAUAUCGUGUUACAAAAUGUUACUAAAGCUCAAAUUAAAGUUCGAGGAACGAGAGAAAAUGUUGCAGGUGUCAAUAUUCCCGUAUUUGAAAGUUACCGGGAUGGAGUAGACACUUAUGAAUUGGCUGGAUUAGCAAGAGGAGGACAACAAUUAGCUAAACUGAAGAAGAAUUACGGAAAUGCAAUUGAAUUAUUAGUCAAAUUAGCAUCUUUACAGACAUCUUUUAUUAUUUUAGAUGAUGUUAUUAGAACAACAAAUCGCAGAGUAAAUGCUAUAGAACAUGUUAUCAUUCCAAAAAUAGAACGUACACUUGCGUACAUAACUUCAGAAUUGGAUGAAAGAGAAAGAGAAGAAUUUUACAGGCUAAAGAAAGUUCAACAGAAGAAGAAAGAACAGAAGGAAAAAGCUGAAAAGAGAAGAAUGGAAUUAAAGGCUAAAGGAAUUGAAGUGGACAGUGUUCCAAAUUUAAUAGAUGAUGCUGAAGACGAAGAUAUUCUCUUCUAAUUAAUCUAGAAAUUAAAAAGUCAUAAUUAAUUCUAUAUAAUUUUAAAUGUUUGUGUAAAAAUAUAUAAUAUAUAUACACACAUAUAUAUAAGUAUCGAAGGAGUAUUUAGAAAAUAUAAAUGUUUACAAUCAGAUGCAGUAUAUGUUUAAACAUUGUAUAUUUAUAUAUAAUACAUUUGUUGAAUAUUCUAGUAAAUAUAAGAGAUUUGAUAGUUUAUCAAAGAUAAUGAGAAAUAUUAUUUAAAUCUUUGGGGUUAAAGUUCAGCAGUGCCAUUAUAGAAUUGAAAACUGUUUUCAGCUACAUAUUUUUUUAUAAUAGUUUAAAUUUCAUUUAUAUAGAGUGAUUCUGAAUAAAGUUUUAAGGUUUUCUAAGUGCAUUUACUCUAUAUUUACUGCUAAAGUUAUUUUAUUCUAAAUUAAAACAUGUUAAACAAAUCAUUCUUGCUGUAGAAUUGUUUUUUUCUGUCAUCUGCUUAAGUUAAAAAUAACAAUCAAAUAGAUUCGUUUUUAUUUCAAAAUCACAUAAUUUGAAGAUAAAACUUCUUUCCAUAACACAUAUAUGCGUAUCAAUGAAAACGUUUUAAAAAUCAAAUAUUAUUAAUCAUAUAAUAUCUUCUAAAGUCUGUUAAGUUACAUAAUUAAUAAUUAAAUUAUUGGUUAAUGUAUCAUUUUGCUUAAACUUUUAUUCUGUUAAUUGCAUGUCGUACAGAAUAUCUUUCAUUUAUGAGUAACGAUAACCUGUAAGCUGUACGAUGCAAUAGAGUAAAAUUUUAUGCAGAUUAUUUUACAUAUUCCCUUAACGUCAAAGUAAAACACACUAUAACGGAUGCUUUAAUUUUUAUUACAGCUAUUUUCAAGCACUUUAUCACUUAAAAAAGUCUCAAUAAAGAUGGAAUUCCUUUCAAUGUAGUAAAUUUUAUUUUUUCAUGCCCCUUAAUUUCAUUCUAUUUAAAACUUUAUCAUCACUCACUCGAUUUUAGACCGCGACAAAAGUAUUGUUAUUGUUAACGACAGUAAAUCCGACGUUUUAAUUUUUAUACGGAUUAUAAACAGUAUUUUACCUGAAACAGGUAAAUCUAGUACUUACCACUACUAUGAAUGUGUAUAUUUGAUGGGAAAAAAAUAUUACAUUAUUUAUUAAAGAUUUUUGAAAUAAGUUUCAUGCUAGAUUGAACUGAAUUCAUUCAAAAAUCUAACUUACUGAUGAAAAUAUUUUGUUUGGAAUAAGUCUUUUUACAAGGUAAAUGCAUUUGGAGGAGUUUUUUUGAAAACAAAACAUUAAUAAUAAUCAAAAUUUACUUCGAAUCACUCUAUAUAAAUGUUUAAAUGUUAUAAUAAAUAAAAAAUAGUGUACUUUAUAAAGUUUAUUUGAGUGAUUGUAAGUCGCCUAUUCGAUAAUAACUAUACGAGGAAUCAAAAUCAAGGAGAGAAAUGUGAAUAAGUUAAAUAUAUUUGAUAUGUUAAGAGUUGGAAUUAAUAAUAUGCCUUAUUUUUUUAUUUAUUUUUCAAAAAUUUAAUCACGAAUGUGUACAUUACGAAAACAUCAUCGUUUCUUGAUUAUUAAAGGUACAUUCCAAGUAUUUUGUACUCAUUUUUUCUUGUAUAUUUUAAAAAAUAUUAUUAAGAACAAUUAAUAAUGAUGAUGUAGUUAUGUAAUUAUAUGAAUUAGUUGACAAUCUAGAUGAUUAAAAAUUGUUUGUGGA